UGUUCGAACGGCGCACACUGAAGAACACGUGUGAGGUGAAACUUGUAAAGCAAAAUGCGCACAUUGUGAAUGAACAUCGUGUUUUCCGUGACUGAGCAAGUGGUAUGGCCGACAGAUUUAAAGACACGAGCGGCUGCGUCCUUUCAAAUUAUGACUUGACGUGUGCAGUCUCUAUUCUAUGUGAACGCAUCGGCAAACCGUGCCGGGGGCUCAACCAAUGGCUUUGUAAAGAGGACUGGAGCCCAUCAUCCCGGGCAGCACUCCUCGAUCGUCUGGCAUCACUGCUGCACCAGCGCAGCUGCACAGACUUGGUUGCUCAAUUGUGUCUGCCUUUGUUAACUGAGCUUCUGGCACGUUCCAUUCGACAUUCACACAACAAAGAGCAGUUUUGUGUUGCCCUUGGGCGCCUCGUAUCAAGGUACCCAACUGCUGCACUGUUCGUAGACUGGUACCUUGAACAAGAAUGUGACCUGCCAACGCUCUUGCGGGAGAGCCAACUCGGGGGCGAGGGUGAUGCCCCGCCUGCCAAGAGGCCUCGCACUGCUUCUGUGCCACUGAAUGUGGUGCGUUGCUGCUGGCAGUUGCUAUGCCAGCAGCCUGGCUACCUUGCUCGACGCUGGGACUGGACACCCGUGCUGCCCUUCCUCAAGCAUUCAUCAGCUUCUGUUCGCUGGUAUGCAGUGCAGUGCAUGGCUCUACUAUUAUGCCUGGGUGAGUCAGAGCAGCAGGCACUACUUCAGCAGCUGUUGCCUGGUGAUGAAGUGCUGCAGACAGACCUAAGGUUGUCCACCGAGGUUGCUCUUGGAGCCCUUCGACCCCCAUCAUGGCCCCCAACAUCUGAAAAGCCUGGAUGGCCAUUGACCAGUUCAGACCUGAGUCCAGGUGUGAUCUGUGUCUCUGGUCUUUUCCUGCAGCAAAGGACGACCCCAGAGAAGGCUGCUGCUGAAAGUUUCGAUCAUGACUGGCUGGCACCAUCGGCUGAGCAGGCUCUUCGCUGCCUAGCUGAAUGUGUGGCUCGGGGACAACCCUGCCUGGUGCGGGGUACUGUAGGUGCAGGCAAGACAAGCCUAGUGCGCUCUCUGGCUUCCAAGCUUAGCCAGCCCCUGGUGAGCGUGCAGCUGGGUGACCAGGCAGAUGUGCACACCUUGGUAGGCGGCUACGUCUGCUCUGAGGUGGCUGGCCAGUUUGCUUGGAGGGAGGGGCCUCUGGCCCGAGCUAUGCGCCAGGGCAGUUGGCUGCUACUCGAGGACCUGGAGAGAGCCUCUCCUGAUGUGUCGAGCCUCUUGCUGGCAGUGCUGCAGUCAGGGGCGGUGCCAGGUCUGCCACCGAGGGCAGCUGGCUUCCAGUUGGUGGCCACACACCGGGAAUCAGUCCAUCCAGUAAUUUUGGCCACUGAAUCCCUGUGGUCCAUUGUUCACCUGAACCAUCCCUCCCGUCAGGAACUGCUUGAGAUGAUUGUGCAUUACUGGCCUCAGCUGGAGCCAAUGGCAGGGCGUCUGCUUGAUAUUUUUCACUGCCUGCGUCAACCUGGCUCACCGGUGCGGCGUACCAUCUCCCAGAGGGACCUGCUGAAGCUGUGUCAGCGGCUUGUGCUGCGUGGCUUCUGUCUGGAGGGAAUGCAGGCUGCUCAGCAUGCAUUCCAGGACACAAUGGACUGCCUCUGCCAGAGCAUCCGGGAUCCGGCCACGAGGCAGGCUCUGGCUCAGCAGUGUGGAGCACUCCUUGGACUUAACAAGUCGGAGGCACUUUUUUUUUGCACAAUGAACAAACCAGAGAUCAAGGAGACUGCAUCAUCAGUCACUGUGGGUCGUGUUGUGUUGCCUCGGCGAAAAGCUCAAACAAGAGAUCCAUUGUCAACAGCUACGAAACGAAGCACAUUUGCUGGGACCCGGCAUGCCUUGGUGCUGACUGAGCAGUUGGCAGCUGCAGUAGCCAGUGAGGAACCAGUGUUGCUCGUCGGUGAGACUGGUGUUGGAAAAACUGCAGCUGUUCAGCAUCUGGCUGAGAUCACAGGUCACCCUUUAGUAGUGCUCAACAUGAGUCAGCAAAGCGACAGCAGUGACCUACUUGGUGGCUUCAAGCCUGUCGACAUCAAGCUUCUGUUGUCCCCAGUUCGGGAGGCAUUUGAGGCACUCUUUAGUGCCACAUUCUCACAGACUCAGAAUGCCAAGUUCCUCAGCCACAUCACUACUUGUUUUGCUGGACGUCGGUGGCGUGACUUGUUCAAUCUGAUGUCUCACACCCAAAAGUCUGCUGUGUCAAAGCUUUCAAAACCGGGUUGCGACAAGGAUCAGUUGGAACGCUGGCGUGCGCUUGGGGAGCAGUUGCGGAAAGCAGAGGCUCAAGCGCGCCAAGCUGAGAACAAGUUGACAUUUGCUUUUGUUGAGGGAGCCCUUGUAAGAGCUCUGAAGGAGGGUUCCUGGGUUCUCUUGGACGAAAUCAACCUGGCCGAAGGAGAAGCCCUGGAGAGCUUGGCUCCGGUCCUGGAUGGUAGCUCGCCAGUGCUAUUCGAGCGAGGCGACCAAAAGCCCUUGAAGAGGCACCCCGAAUUUAGGCUGUUUGCAUGCAUGAACCCUGCCACAGAUGUGGGCAAAAAGGACCUGCCUGCUGGCAUUCGGAGCCGCUUCACAGAGGUGUACCUGGAGGAGCCCCUGGAGGAGGGUGAUCUGGAGCUGGUGGUAGCUGCCUAUCUGGGUAGCAGUGGGUCACCACCGGUGCAUGCUUGUGUAUCCCUCUACCUGAACCUGAGGAAAGCUGCGCGGGAGCCUGACUGACGGCACAGGCAGCCG